ACACUAGGUGUGAUCUGUUGGAAUUUGUUGAUUAGAUUCAUAUUCUUCAUUUCAAAUAUUAAUAUUCCACAAGGAGUUUAACAGGAGAAAAGAGUGAUUUAAAUACCUCACUCUCUCUCAGUAUUUAUUUCUCUUUCCUUUCUACCCCUCACUCUCUACUACAGUUUUGUGUUUGGAUGAGAGAAUGGGAUAAGUUAAGAGACAGUCAAACAGAGGGGAGAAAGUGAGAAAGAUAGGGAGUUCAGUAGAUCCUUUUCAUGAGCAAGAAUUGAUCCAUUUAGCACAAAAGUUUAAAGCUCAACAUAGAGUUAAAGAAAUUUGCAAGAAUAUCAUGGGCUCCAUGAAUUCAAACAACUGGUUAUCUUUCCAUCUUUCUCCUACUCAUCCUUCUUUAGGGUUAGUAACUGAAACCAUUGACAACCCUUUCCAAAAUCAAGAGUGGAAUUUUACUGACACAGGAGGCAGUGAAGUGCCAAAGGUUGCUGACUUUCUUGGAGUUAGCAAAUCGGGACACGAAUCUGAAUUAGUCUCUUACAGCGAAAUCCAAGCCAAUGAUAAUUCGGGUUAUCUCUUCCCUAACACAAACCUAAUGCCAAUGCAAAAUGUCACCUAUGACCUUCAGGAAAAUGCUUGUAAUAUGCAAUCUUUGACAUUGUCAAUGGGGAGUGGUAAGAGCUCAACAAGUGAAACUAGUGCUAGCCCAAGUGCCAAUGCCACUGCAAGAGCUAGUUGUACUAGUGGUGAAAAUAGUAUUGUGGAAGCUGCACCUAGAAGGACUUCAGAUACUUUUGGACAAAGAACAUCAAUUUAUAGAGGUGUAACCAGGCAUAGAUGGACAGGAAGAUAUGAAGCACAUUUAUGGGAUAAUAGCUGUAGAAGGGAAGGACAAUCAAGGAAGGGUCGUCAAGUGUAUUUGGGAGGGUACGAUAAGGAGGAGAAAGCAGCAAGGUCCUAUGAUCUUGCUGCAUUGAAAUAUUGGGGAACAUCUACCACUACUAAUUUUCCAAUUAACAACUAUGAGAAAGAAGUGGAAGAGAUGAAGCAUAUGACAAGGCAAGAAUCUAUUGCUUCUAUAAGAAGGAAGAGUACUGGGUUCUCCAGGGGUGCAUCCAUGUAUCGUGGUGUAACCAGGCAUCAUCAGCAUGGAAGAUGGCAAGCAAGGAUAGGCAGAGUUGCUGGUAACAAAGAUCUCUACUUGGGAACUUUUGGUACUGAGGAAGAAGCUGCAGAAGCAUAUGACGUAGCAGCAAUAAAGUUCAGAGGCUUAGGUGCAGUUACAAAUUUCGAGAUGAAUCGUUAUGAUGUGAAAGCCAUUCUUGAAAGCAAUACACUCCCUAUUGGUGGUGGAGCUGCUAAAAGGCUUAAAGAAGCACAAGCCUUUGAAUCCUCUAGAAAACGUGAUCAAGAAAUGAUAUCCUUAAACUCAACUACUACUUUUCAUCAAUAUGAAAACUCAAAUAAUUCUGGAGUUGCUUUUCAAACUUACCCUUUAAUGCAGCAACAACCCUUAUUGACUACUCUCCAAAAUCAAGAUUUUAGUUCACAGUUUCACCAAAGUUAUAUCCAAAGACAGUUGCAACUCCACCACCAACAAUCUCACCAAAUGUAUAACAAUUAUCUUCAGAGUAAUAAUCCAGUUUUCUUGCAUGGGUUGAUGAAUUCAUCAUCUGUGAUGGAUAACAAUGGAGGAAGUUCAAGUGGGAGUUAUAGUAAUGGUGGAUAUCUUGAUAAUACUACUGGAAUUGGGAUGACUUCAAAUUCCCCUUCAGGAGGAGGCUCUGCUCAUGAGGAGAUUGCAAUGGUUAAAGUUGAUUAUGAUAUGCCUUACACUGGUUGGUCAGGAGAGUCAUCAGUUCAAGAAUCAAAUCCUGGAGGUUUUAAUAUGUGGAAUGAUUGAGAAAUUGAAGAUAUUGAUCUACAGGGAAAAUGUUCAAAUUUGUCCCUGUAUUAGUCGAAAUUAUUCAACAAAAUGUUCAAAUUUGUCUUUGUAUUAUUCAAAAUUAUUUAAUUUUUUCUUCUAUUAUAGUUUUCGUCCAUUCAGAUCA